AUGAAUGAGGAUAAACCAAAUUGUGAGGAAAAUGAUGGGGGGAAACAAAAUAAAAAGACGUUUAAGGAUAUAAAAGGAUAUAAAAAUAUAAAUAAUAUCAUUAAUUAUUUGGUAACAGUUGGGGUAUGGGAAAUGUAUACAUAUGAGUGGCUAUUUAAUAGAAAAACAUAUUUAUAUUAUCAUACAUUAUUAAAGGGUUAUUAUUUUUAUGAUAAAAAUAAUAAUCUUACCCUAUUUAAUGAUCAAAAUUUUUUUUUAUAUGUAUGUACAUUUGAAAAUACCGAAUUUAUUUCAUAUUUUUUUUUUAAUAAUUCUCCAACAAAAAUAAAAUUAACUAGUUAUACUAAAACUAUGCAAGGAAGAAGAAAUAAACAAGAAGAUAGAUUUAUAGAAAUUACAGAUUUAACAAAAUAUAUAAACCCAAAUGAUUAUAAAACUUUAUUUUUUUAUAAAGUAAACCCUUUUUAUUUUUUUUCAAUUUUUGAUGGUCAUAGAGGAAUAAAAGCAUGUGAAUAUUGUCUUACACAUAUUAUAAUAAAUAUUAUUUAUUUUUUUUAUAAUCACCAAAAUGUAGAAAAUAAAAAUGGUAAUGUAAAUCGUGUAAAUAGUGUAAAUAAUAAUGAUAAUGUAAAUAGUGUAAACAAUGUAAAUAGUAAUGAUAAUGUAAAUAGUGUAAAUAGUGUAAAUAAUAAUGAUAAUGUAAAUAGUGUAAAUAAUUUACAACCCGAAUUCAAAAACCAAAAUAAAGAUGACCCUAUUGAUAAUAGUUCCGAGCAAACUAUAAAUCCUCAAGAAAAAAAAAUUGAAAAAAAAAUUGAAAAAAAAGUUGAAAAAAAAACUGAAAAAAAUAUAAACACUUCAAAUAGUGAUCAUGUGAAUAACAAAAAUGGGAGUCCAUGCCCAGAAAAUGACGAAAAUGACGAAAAGGAAGAAAAGGGCGAAACUGACAAAAAUAAUGCAAUUCCAAAUUGUUAUAACAAUGAUGAUAUCUCAGAUUUGAACAAUAUUAAUAAAGAAGACAAUUCCAACAAAAAUAAAAACAAACGUUCUAAUAAUAAUGAUAAUAAUAAUAAUAUAAUAAAUUAUGAAAAUGUAAAAAAAAGAAAAUGUGAUGAUAAAAAUAAUUUGGAAAAUAUAAAAAUAUCUAAGGAUAAUAUAAAUGUUAAUGUGACAGAAAAUGGAAAAAAUAUAGAUUCAGAUAUUAAUAAUAAAAAUGAUAAUUCUGAGCAAAUUAAUAAAUGUGAAGGAGUUGAAAAUAACAUAAAAAAUGAAGAAAAUUAUGAAAAAGAACAAAAUAAUAAAGGAAUAAAUAAAAAUGAAUCUGAAAUAAAUAAUACUAAACAUAAUAAUGAAGAAAAUAUAAAAUAUUUAGAUGAAUUGUCAGAUGAUGAAAUAAUAGAAUAUUUAAAAUUAGCUUUUUUGAAAACAGAUGAACAAUUUUUAAAAUCAUCAAAAUUUUCAAAUCAUGGAUGUACAAUAAUUUCUUUAAUCGUUUUCAAAAAUAAAAUGUAUAUAGUUAAUCUGGGUGAUUGUAGAGCUCUUGGAAUUGUCAACAUAAACAAUGUAUUGAAAUCAGAGGCUCUUUCGCAUGACCAUAAGCCAAAUGAUCCAAAGGAAAAGGAGAGAAUAAAAAAAAUGGGAGGGGACGUUGUUUGUCUUCAAAAUGUGUAUAGAGUAAAAGCGAACAUAAAGAAGGAUAAUUCUGAAAAGCCAAGUUUACUCGAAAGGUUAUCUUUUAAGGAUGAAGUUUAUUUAGCAGUUUCGAGAGCAAUAGGAGAUAAAGACUUUAAACAUAAUAAUGUUAUAUCAGCUAUACCUGAUGUUAUAUGUAAAGAAAUAUAUGAUAGUUGUAUAAAUAAAAAUAAUAAAAUGAAUAGUGCAUGUCUAACAAAUAAUAAUGAAAUAGAUGAAAAUUAUUUUAAAGAUAGUAAUUUAUAUUUAUCUUCUGAGGAGAUAAAUUAUCAUUUUGUUGUUAUGGCUUGUGAUGGUGUAUGGGAUACUCUAUCAAAUAAGGAUGUUACACAAAUUAUACAAAAAUAUCAAAACGAUCCAGAUAAAGCUUGUAGUGAAAUUAUAAAAACAGCAUAUGCUUAUGGAAGUCAGGACAAUUUAACUGCUAUGCUUUUAAAAUUUUUUUAA